UUUUGUUUGUGUUUGUUUAAUUUUGAUUAACUGCUGGUCCCGCAAACAAAAUGUCUGCGCCCAUGCAGCAUGAAACUCAAAAGAACUGUUAAGUAAAAGUAGCACACUGUUGAGAACAAAGCAUGGAAAGUGAUCCCAUUGAGCCUCAGUUUAACUUUCCUUACCAGUUACAAUAUAGCCAUCAUGGUAGAGGGGGAAAUAGGCGGCAAUUGUUUAUUGACUAUGGGAAGACCAUUAUGAUAGACGUAGGAAAAGAUGGUGAAAUUUUGAGUCAGAGAUCAAAGGGAGAGAAUCUCACCAAGUAUGCUGCAGAUCACCCAGUUUUACCUCUUUCUGAAACAGCUGAGGAAGUUACACUUCCUGUGAAAGACAAAAUUAUUGGACAUAACAUCGAGAAAAAUAAGAAGUUGAAGAACUUUUUACAAAGAGUUCAAAAAAUGUUCAGCCAUGGUAAAAAAUAUGGUAAGAUUGACGACGCUAAGACAAUAUUGUCAACGACUCAACAGUGUAUAAAUAGCCUUGAAUUCCAUCAACCAGAUUACCACAAUGUUUCCAUUCAUGACAUUCUAGGAGAAAAUGUGCCGAAGUGGUUUACAGAAAUGUACACAGAGUAUUCGGAGAUAGAGGGAUAUAUUCCACAGUAUCACAAUUACAAGUAUGCCGGAGGAUGUAUUGAUACUUUAAGUGUAGAUGAUUCACAUUGUUAUAUCGCAUCUGCUGCUGGUGAAAACUUUGAUCAAUUACGUUUGACAUUUGUAUCAAAGAAAACAAAAGGAAUUUUGCGGUCAUAUAGUACAGAGGAGAUCCGCCUUCAAGAUACCAUCUAUGGAAUCAAAAGCAGGAAAGUGCAACAAGAACAAUUUAUCACUACGCUGACCGACGAUCAAUGUUUCUUGUACAAAUUCACUCCCGACUCUCCGGAGGGAAAACUAUCUGUUGUACAUGAAUGUUCAAAUCGACGCAUUCAGUCAAUUGAUAUCAGUCCAUAUAUCCCCGGUGAAUGUGUGCUUGUAGAUGAUGACGGUCAGUGUUAUCUAUGGUCUACAGGAAGUUUAGACACCAUUUGUGCACACGGAGAGCCUCGUUUUCAUGUAAAUGAUAGCUGGAGGCAUGUUCAGUAUGGAAGUCAUCCAAGACAUGUGGUUUAUGCAGAUCAAACUGCUGUACAGAUGUUUGAUCUGAGGAUGAAAGGACAGCAAGGAGUGGAUCUUUUCUCCCUGCCAAGCGAUAUAUUAUAUAACAGAGAGCGUAUACGAGCUGUUAGUCGGCAUUCUGCAUCGUCAUUCUACCAUCUGGUUGCCACCGACUACAAGCUUCUCAUCAUGGAUGAAAGAUACCAGAAAUAUCCGGUUUUGAGAUGGGAGCACAUGUUAAUCUCACCACCACAGUAUAUGAGUGUUGUCAGUGAAGCAGACGACAGUUCUGGUGAAGCAGACGAUAAUUUUAUCUACAUAGGGAGCCAGUACCCACCAGAAGUACAUGCCUUCAGGUUUUCAGCGAGAAACGGACAACCACCGUUGUCUAUUGCACAGCCUCAUAGAGCUUCAAGUAUAACAGAUAUAUCUAAAUGGCCCCAAUUCUGUGAUAAAUGUCCUAAUGUAGAUAAAUUACACAACCGACUGGAUACUUCUCUAGCAGGGAUUGCUACAGUGCCAUGGCAACAGGGACAUGUGAUAUUCCAGAUGGACAGUCAUGGAGAGAUCUUUCACCAAGCUUUUUCAAAAGACUCUCAGUCAUCAGCAGACAUCACAUUUUCUGCAGGAAUAGGAUCACAUGACCUGAAACCACACCCAUCUGCUGUGGAAAGAGCUCAGAGCUGGAUUGAAUCUUGGGGAGAAAUGAUGAAAAGGCAACUGUCCAGUGAUCUUUCUAUGAGAGAUAUACAGACUUCUUUACUAGGCAUAUUUAACAGCAACGAUCCCCACAAGUCCUGCUGUGUUUGUAAUCCAGACCUGGUUUAUUUGCCUGGCAGUGCAGAUAAUACAGUAGAGACUGGAUGUUGUAAUGCAUGUAUGGUGGAGCUAGAGGAUGGAUACAAUUUCAUUUCAUCUAUACAAAAGGAUGGAGUGAUGCCUUCAACUUCAGAUAUGCGCCCUUGUAACUUGAGAGAGGUGAAGUCAGUUCCAACAGACAAUGCUUUAAGUAAAUUACUGAUGAAACAGUGGUUUGGGGAUGAGGAUAGUCAUACUUUUGAGGAGAUAAUGACAACUUGGGAUAAAGAGGUGAAGGAGAAAAAGGGCGCAAAGAAGAGCGGCCAAGACAGAUGUUUACCUGACAUGACAGAGGAAAGUGUGAUAGAAAGACUUCAAAGUAGGUCAAAAGGUCAGACAUGUUCCAGACAUAGAACGCCACAUACAUCAGCUGAGAUUGAAAACAUUGAACCAAGCACAGCAUCAGAUAGAGAUAACCCUGACCAAGGUCAAAGGUUAAGAACAGACGAAGGUCAAAAGUCAAGGAAAAGGCGGCAUUCAGCCUCCAGUAGCGGAUCAAGUAAAACUUUAUCUCAAAAGAAAAAAGGCUCUUCUGUGAAUAGUGAAGUGACUGGAUCAAUAGUACCAGGGUCAAGUCUUUCUGAUAUUUCAGCAACUAUCCCCAUUAUCGAUGGAAAUAUUGCUAGAUUAGCUUCAGUAUCUGGAAACCAACAACUAGAAAAUAAACGCAAUAAAUCACAUAAGCAGACGACACCUUGUAACUCGCAAUCAAACAAGCAAACUGCUCUAUCGGAAUCUGAAAAAUCUUGCCGGGAUAAUAAUUCAGUGUCAUUAUUCUCAAAUCAGGUGUCAGAGAGCCAUCAUUCUAGUUCACAAUUUAAAAUUCCUUCUUCAUCAGGUAAAAAGAAAUCAGGGAAACAGAAACAGCAUCAUAAACCUAGUCCAAGUGAAUCAAAUGUUAAUACAGCAAGUGAAAUAUCAGUUAACACUGGCUCAGAAGAUCUUUUUGAUUCUCCUGAAAGCCUACGUGACAGCCAAUUAGAGGGACUUAGUUCUGAGUUCUCAGCUGUAAGCUGUAGAGGAAUGUUAAGUAGUCAGUUGUCACGGCAACCAGUCAUGAGACAGUUGUUUUCUAGUAAAGAAACUGAUCGACAGGCAAGAUCAUCAGCUAUUAAAACACCGAAUGAAAAUGACUUUGGUAUAUCUCCCAGGAAAUCUGUUCAGAGAAAGCAUUUAUCUGGAUUCUAACUUUAACUAGGUGUAUGAAGGUCCCUGUGCGGCACACAAAAAGUAAACAAAAACUACUUUUCUGUGACCAUUAAACAUGGGGGAAGGUCAAGGGUCAGACACAUUGCAUAUGUAUCUUAUGUGAAGUUUACCAAACACAAUUUUCCCCAACACCAAAAACUCAACAGGGUUCUUAUGGAGAACCACUCAAAGUCUGUAAAAAAGUAAAUAACUGUUCACAGUUUGCUGAAACCGGCUAGGUGUGUUUCAGGUGGGAUAACAGGUCAAUGUGAUGGUUAAGGGGAUUUUCCUUUCGAGACAAAGGAGGGGAAGGAUCCUUAGCAACAUAUUCCCGCCCUGUCCUUUAACCCAUGCCCCUUUACAAGGUAAAAAAAUGGCCCCUCUUUCAUAGUAGAUCAAUGACUCAAUGACUCAUUCAUAGCUCAGUCUUUAGAAACUUUAAAAAUUUUGUUUUAAUCGUGGUUGCUGCAUGGUGGCUGUAACUAAAAUGAAACUUGCAGCUUGUUAGAAACUCCGUUCUUUCUAGAAUCUUUUGGAUUCUUUUAGAACAUGUUAAUAACUACUUAUGGUACUUUUUUCGCCUUUUUAAUUGUUCAAAUACAAGAGUUAAAGUGGAUACAUCUCAUUUCUUUUACACAUUUAAUCUUAUGUAUAACAGAACAUCUGCUUACCUUGAAAUUCAAAGCCAGUCAUGUCUUAAAAGCAAAGAAUUUCAAAUGUAGUGCGCUUUAAAGGACAGUUUACUUCCCAAAUUUUAAGAACUGUUGACUUCCAUGGAAAAAAAAGUUUUGUCUAGCCAUACAUACUGGAAGAAAAAUUGUUUAUUUUGUUUGUCAAAAACCUUUCAUCAGAUAUAUUUGCAUUUUAUUUAGCUCCAUUGUAGAAUUGUAAUAACACACAAAACGUACAAAAUUUCAACCUCAAAACAAAAGUUAUUUAUUGUCGGUAUACAUAGAAACAUUUCACAAAAUGUAAGCUAUAUAUAGCUUUUUACACAACGUAUUUGAACUUGUGAUUCAGGAUUUAUAGCCAACCAUUUUCUAAAAGAGAAAAAAAAUUAGCAACAAAGUAUUUUAUGACUUUUCUGAAAUGUCAUUGACAUGAGAUUUGGCUCCAUUGUUGUACCUUACAAUGCCAAGAAGUGUGCAACAUUUCAGCUGUUCCAGAUGUUUAGCUAAGGGUAUAUAGCCGAUCAUUUAUCUUACCAUCAUUCCUAUUUACAGGCAAGAGAACAUAAUUCUGUGGUGGAUUUUGACAAAAUGAUGCCCCUUACUUUACCUUUAAUUUCGGUUAGGUUUUUCGUAAAUAUUUGUGUUGUCUGAUUCAAAGUUGCUACAACAUUAUAUUAUAUAACCUGUUCAUAAAAUAAUGAAAGGUAUUAGACUUUGAACUUUAAGAAAUAUGUGUCACUAUAUGCGUAUUUUAUCUCUUGAACCAUGAGGCACUUUGAUCAAGUGUUGUUGAAGUUAAGUGUAACCUAAAACAGAGGCAUCAUUAAAAAAUCUGUAUAAGAAUCAUUUCGUUUUAUAUCACUUGAACCAUGAAGGGUUAUCUCCAGAUAUGGGUCAACUUUUUAUCUCCAUAACAUUAACAUCAUGACCCACAUUGCGUUGACAUUGGUGGAUUUAUGAAAACCUUUUAAUGCUUUUAAAUUGUCUUAAAAAUCAUUGUCAUCCUUUAAAAAGCUUCAUGAAUUGAAUUUAUAUUUAGUAUACUAAAUAAGCGGAACAUUUUUAUGCCCCCGUGCAUAUAGUAAUUGAACCAUCUGUCCAUCUGUCCGUCUGUCCAUACGAGGUUAACCUAGAAUGGCAAGUUGGAUUUUUCUUAAGUUCUAAAUGUACCAAUGACUUCUUAGUUUACACACUUACUAAUCAAUACAAAGUACAUGAUCUGGUCAAGUUACAUAACUAUGGCUUCCAUAUUUACCAAGUUAUUGCCCUUUUCAGCUCUUAGAAAAUGAAUAAUGGUUAACCUAAAACGGCAAGUUGGAAAUACAUGUAUCUUAAGUUCUAUCUAUACUAAUGGCUUCAUAAUUUCCAAACUUACUUAUCAAUUCAAAGUACAUGUACAUGAUAUUGCCAAGUUAUAUAACUGUGUCAUCCAUAUUUCCCAGUUAUUUCCCUUUUUUCACUUUGAAAAUAGGGCCUUGUCUGGUUAACCUAUUCCGGCAAGUUGGAUUUAUCGUAAAUUUCUCUUAAUUGCUUAAUUUAUUUAAUGAUAUCUUGCAUAUUUGGUAGGUGGAUACCUUUAAUGGUCCUCUAAUUUUUUGUGAAGUAAGUGGUCUCUAGGGUCAAGGUCAAGGUCACUUGUUUAAAAAAUAAUUU